GCUGAGCAAUUAUUUGUAAAAGUUAUAUUUUAAAAAAAAAUAGUAGAAAACUUUUUUAGAAAAGUAGAAAAAAUAUAAAUAAGCAAAACUAAAAAUAGAAUAAUGUUUAAAAUGAGUGGAAAAAAGAAAAACAUCCCGUCUUUCAAGAAAUCAAACGAUUACUGGAAUCAUAUUCACACGUUAAUAACACAUAAUGCACCCAACGAAGAAAUUUGUAAAAACUACGGUGUCAAAACACUUGUUUCAGGAUGGUAUCUGGAACACUCAGCACUACCAUUUGAUAAUGCAAGUCCCAAAAAAGGUUUUAGCUCCUACAAGCGCUUAGGUACAAGAAAUGAACCCGUAUCUAAAAUGUCUUCAUCUCAGGAAGACCAAAUUAAAGCACUCAAACCAGAAAACUACAGAAUUCCUGACAAACCACGAAAGAUGAUGAACUUUAUGUCUUUUCCAACGACAUUUGGACUACAAAGAGAAGAGAGCUUCAAACUGGCAGGUCGCGAUCAACAAGAUUCCAGCUUUAAUAAAACUGAUUACAUGACCGUAACUAAAUGCGAUUACAUCUACCCCUACCCUCAAAAGCCUGCACCAGUUUCAUGGAACUACUUUCAACUAGAAACAAAGUACAGAAGAGUUCACACCUCAGUGGUAGGAAAAAAUACAGGAAAAUUUCUUGACGAUCAAGUGGUUUUAAAAAAAUAUUUCACUGACACUCAACGCCCCUAUGGUUUAGAUUAUAAACCAGAAGACACAUGGAAAAUAAUAAAUAUGGAUAGAAAGGCCAACUAACUGCAAGCUAAAAUAUUUUAAAAACAUUAAACCUUUCCUGAUUUGUGAAUCUGAGGAGGAACAACAAAUGG